UGUGAACGAUUUUCAGAAAGAUCAAUUAUCUGCAAUUAAUGGAGGAAAGGGGCAGUGGCCACAGAACCGUUUGUGUUACAGGUGGUGCAGGGUAUCUUGGCUCUUCUUUGGUCAAGAAGCUCUUAGAGAAAGGUCACACCGUCCAUGCGACUCUCAGGAAUCUGGAUGACCAAUCAAAGGUAGGCCUUCUUAAGAACUUCCCAGAAGCAAAUACCAAGUUAAGGUUGUUCAAGGCUGAUAUCUAUAAUCCAGAUGAGUUCAAUCCCGCUAUCCAGGGUUGCGAUUUCGUGUUCCAUGUGGCCACUCCGUAUCAAAACAAUACCCAGAGCUCUCAAUACAAAGAUACGACUGAAGCAGCGGUAGCAGCAGUGGACAGCAUAGUGAAGUCCUGCGUAAGAUCAGGAACAGUGAAGAGACUCAUAUAUACUGGCACUGUGAUGGCUGCAUCAGCAUUGAAAGAGGAUGGUUCUGGUUUCAAGGACUCCAUGGAUGAGACUUGUUGGACACCUCUUACUCUUCAAAUCAAUUAUAACACUUCCCAGUUUGUGAAGGAUUAUACCAAUUCGAAAACAAUAUCAGAGAAAAAGUUACUAAACUAUGAAUGUAAAGUGAUUAAACUGGAAGUGGUGAGCUUGGCUUGUGGUCUUGUGGGAGGAGAUACUGUUCUAUCUUACAUACCUCAAAGCGUUGCAUGUCUUAUGCCCCAACCUUUGAAUGAUCCAAUUUCUUAUCAAAGCCUAGAAUUUUUACAAGAGUUGAUGGGUAAGGUUCCUAUUGUGCACAUUGAUGAUGUAUGCGAAGCCCAUAUCUUCUGUAUGGAUCAAAGGUCAUUGCAGGGAAGAUUUUUGUGUGCAAGUGACUUCCUGACUACAAAGGAGAUUGCAGAUUACUUUUGUCGAUAUCAUCCAGAAAUUUCCAUUCCAGAACAGCUUAUUGGACGGCAUGGUAGCGCUGUGUGUUGGGGUUCAACAAAGCUUAAUGAUUUGGGAUUCAAGCAUUGGUAUGAUGCUAAGUUAAUAUUAGAAGACAGCUUACAGUGUUUGAGGAAGAUGGGUAAGUUCAAAUAAAGUAUUUGACAAAUAUGCUCGUGCAAAUGCUGGUGUGUUCAUAUGUUAGAGA